AUGGCGCUCUCACCGGCAACUGUUCGGUUUCUGAUCGUCCUAUUCGUCGCUCUCGGCUCCCUGACCUACGGCUACUGCAGCAGCAUCAUCGCGACGACGCUCGGGCAGCCAUCGUUCAUUGCCUACUUCGAGCUCGACGCGCGCUCCAACGCGACCGACCUGACGGGCGCGAUCAACGGGCUGUUCCAAGCGGGCGGGCUGAUCGGCUGUCUCUCGAUCAUCAAGACGCCGGACCUGCUGGGCCGGCGAAAGGCGCUGCUUCUGUAUGCGAUCAUCACGGUGAUCGGCGGCGCCCUGCAAGCCGGCAGCGUCAACAUCGGCAUGUACCUGGCGAUGCGGUUCGUGACGGGCGUCGGCGUCGGCGCCCUGGUCGGCCUGGUGCCCCUGUACCAGUCGGAGAUCGCGCCGCCGCGCAUCCGCGGCCUGCUCGUCGGCAUGCACGGCGUGCUGAUCUGUUUCGGCUACGCAUGCGCCAGCUGGAUCGGGCUGGGCUUCUACUUCGUGCACGCCAGCGGCGCGCAGUGGCGGCUGCCGCUGGCCAUCCAGUGUCUGCCGCCCUUGCUGCUGGCCCUGGGCGUGCUGUUCCUACCAGAAUCCCCGCGCUGGCUGCUCGACCAUGACCGCGUGGACGAGGCGUACAAGUCGUUCAAGGCCGUGCGGGCCGAAAGCAGCGACGCCAUGCUCAACGACGAGCCGGCUGUUCGUGCCGAGUUCAAGCUGUUGCGCGGCCAGCUGCUGCAUGAGAAACAGGCCGACUUGUCGCUGUGGUCGUUGUUCCGUCUGCCGCAUUUUCGGAAGAGAUGUCUGGUCGGUUGGUUGGCCAUGUUUGGAUGUCAGGGGACAGCGACGCUGGUUAUUAAUAAUUACGGUCCCUCCCUCUACGCCUCUCUCGGCUUCACGACCGUCCAACAACUCCUGAUCCAAGGCGGCUGGAUCACCGUCUCGCCCUUCGGCAACCUGAUCAACUCGCUGGUGGUUGACCGCCUCGGCCGCACGCGCAUGCUGAUGGUCGGAUUCGCGGGCUGCAUCCUCGCCCUCGUCGGCGAAUGCAUAACCGUGUCCGUCUUCCAGCGCACGAACUCGCACGGAUCCGCCAGCGCGGCCGUUUUCUUCCUGUUUCUGCACAUCGCUUGCUUCUCCGCCUGCUGCGACGCCACCAGCUACGUCUACGCCUCGGAGAUCUUCCCGACCCCCGUGCGCGCCAAGGGCCUGGCCGUGUCGAUUUCGGGUCUGUUCAUCGCCACGAUUGUCUUUCUGCAGGCCGCCCCGUCGGCGUUCAAGGACGUCGGCUGGAAAUAUUAUCUCGUCUUCGUCGUGCUGACCACCCUGAUUUUCUUUGUCGUUUGGCUCUAUUUCCCCGAGACGAAGGGGAGGUCGUUGGAGGAUAUUGGUCAGGUCUUUGGCGAUUCGGUGGAGCCGUUGACGAAUGUCGAUGGGAGCGGGGAGAAGAUCCGAGAUGAUGAGGCGGAUGAAAAUGGAGAUGAUGACAGCAAUAGUUUCGGCGAUCGGGACCAGGUUGGGAAGACGGCUGCGCAUCGGGGCGAGGAGAUUCAUAUCACUGAGAAGUACUGA